AUGGAUUCUUCGGCUGUGCUUCAUUCUCAAAGGCCGAGCAUGUGCGACGAUCGGGUCGCGGUGAGGGGAUGGGGUGAUCUUCCUAAUGAGCUUUUGCCGGCCAUUGCUGAGCGGUUAGGCCUAAUCGAUCUUCUCUGUUUCCGUGGCGUCUGCAAGGACUGGAAUUCCGCUUCUUCGGCGGCUUCAGCCGAGAUCGAAGCGUUAACGGACCUCGAGCCUUGGUUCCUAGUCUAUGGCGAAAACAAUAGUUCUCGAUGCACAUUGGUCACCGGAUCGGGCGAACGAUAUUCAAUUACCAUCCCGGAAAUGGAGGGAGCAACCUGCCUUGCAUCGAGUCAGGGGUGGCUCCUUCUGUUUCGACAAGGCUCGUUGUUCUUCUUCUGUCCUUUCUCUCGUACCACGAUCGAGCUCCCGGUCCCGUGCCAGUUAGCUCACGGAGAAUCAUCCGACCACGUGGCCGUGCUCUCGGCUCCCCCGACUUCGGAUGAUUGCGACGUGUGCAUCAUUUGUCGGAUCGAACGACGACAGGAUUUGGAGCUGUACGUGAUUCACCGCGGAGCCAACUCAUGGACCAACCACAAACUCUAUUCGUUCCCCAGCAGGAUCGAGUGCGCCGCGUACCACGACGGGGUCUUCUAG